CUUCAUUGUCUGAACGUCAUACUAUUUAAAGUUGUCUUUGCCCGAGAAUCAUUAGUUAAGUUGACUUCCCUUAGAUAUUGUGUGUCCAAAAGAACGAAGUUGUGAUAAAUCCUAACAUUGCUACCGUAUUACAAUGAUUGCCGUGUUGUUCCUCGUUACAACUGCUGUAAUUAUCAACACUUGCACAGGCCUAAGUAUUAACAUGAAGAGAGAAUAUGUUCACCACGGCAAGGAUUUAUUUUGUGCACAACUCCAGUGUACAGAAAACAUAAGAGAAGACACUCAGAUAUCAGCUCUUGUCAACAUGUCAGUGUAUAGGAUCAGUGAACCAGAGGGGAAGAUUUUGGUGACGUCUAUUUCAGAAUCAGAUUCAAAGAUUCAAGAUUAUACAAAAGUUGGAACUAGAGGAAAUAUAACUAGAACAUUUGCUGAGAUGGUUGUGUUGUUUUCAAAAAAGUCAGACUGCAUUGAAGGCAUUUUCACAUGCGAAAUUCAUUAUUUAAAUACAAACGAAUCGGUCGCUAAAAUAGAGAAAAAGACUGAUCGCUUUCAAAGAAAAUCAAGUGAAUCUUUAAUAAUGAUGAACUUGAAAGCUAAAACAUCUGACUAUGUUAAAUCUGUUGACACAAUGGCCGAUUUUCUCAAAUCGUUUGAAGACCCAGACAGACUGAAAGGUGCAGACAUGACAUUGUCAUUACAGAUGUCACAUUCUGGUGGCGAUAAGUUCAGCACAGACAAAAGUGUGGAUGCAGUUCUCACUGACGAUUUUAAUAUUAUUCCGUUUUCUACAUUUGAGGACCUAUUACAUUAUAAAAUAAAGAAUUUAACACUUGAUGUAAACAAAACAUUACAGAUGAUGGAAAACAAAGUUAAUUUAGCAACAGAGUUAAACAAAAAUAGUUUAUCUGUUUUAAACGAAUCAAUCCAAACAAAGCUAGCCAACGCACAGAACCAAACAGAACAACUCAGUAUCAGAUUAAAUGAGAUGGAAACAAAUAUAAAGAAAACAAUCACACAAGAGAAUAUCAAUACAACAUUAAAUUUAGUAGCGGGUCUCAACAAAACUCUUCAAGGUUUUAUAGACGAAUACAACGGGAAUCCCCUGCAAUUAUUAUAUGUAAAACAGUGUGUCAGAAAUGAUAUCGCAAGCCUGUUAGAUAAAAAGAUUAUUAAACUAAACGACCAGAAACUGGCCUUGUGUGACACUAAAACAGACGGUGGAGGUUGGAUUGUUAUACAGCGACGUGUGGUGGGUGACGUAAAUUUCACCAGAAACUGGAGCGAAUACAAAAAUGGUUUUGGAUCUUUGGAUGGAGAUUUUUGGAUGGGAAAUGACUUGAUCUCAAACCUCACACAGAACGGCUACAGUGAGCUGAGGUUUGACAUGAAAUUUAAAGGUAAAUCCUACUACAUGGUGUACAGUAAUGUGACGGUGGGAAAUGAAACAGAUUUGUACAGGAUAAAGUUUAUAUACAAGACAGGCAACACUAUAGAGCAGUUUAGUUGGCACAAUGGAAUGGCUUUUUCCACAUUUGAUAAAGACAAUGAUGAAUCUUCUAGAAAUUGUGCAGAGAAUUACAAAGGGGGCUGGUGGUUUAACAAUUGUCGCCUAGUGCACGCUAAUGGAGUAUGGCAAAGUCAAGUUAGUAGUGAAGGCGUUGCCUGGUUUGGUUUAACACUAAAUGACAAUUAUCUAGAUAGUGUCGAGAUAAAGAUUCGUCGGCUCUGAUUACCAAAAUAUAAAGUGUGUCUCCUUUAGGUAUGACUUUUUUUUUAAACAUACUCGCAUCCCUUUUUGUUGCAGUGUGUUGGGUAUGGUGUACUACUCACUAGAAGAGUGUAAGCCAAUAUAUAUAUAUAUAUGAAAAAUUGAUAUUGUCUGGCAGCGGGUUCCUGAGACCGGCAAUUAGUGUACAUUAGGACGAGGGCAGCGGCAGCCCUGAAUAGUCAGUUAUCUUUACAUAUUUUAAUUAUUUUGCGCCAUACAGUUCACAAUACAUGCUACAAAAUUUGUAAAUGCAUGGUUUUAUACCCUUGCUCAACUAUACUUAUUGGUGCUUGAAACAUUUUCUUGGCUCAUUAGCUUCUGUUUUGUAUUUGCUUAUCCCAUCUUUCACAAUUUUAUAAAAAUAUCUGAAAGAUUGAAUUUAGUUCUAAAAAUGUAUUUUUCGAUAAGAUUUAAAAAAAUUAAGAUAUCAUAUGAUCAUGAACAGCAGCAUAUGUGAUGCAAUUUAAUUAGCAUCGGGGGUUUUUCCACCCAAACUAUAAAUAUUCAGUAAACGUUCCUGUUUUUUAUCAUCAUCAUUUCCCGUUAGUGCCCAAGACACAUGUGUCAAAUUAAGUAGAGUUCAUAAAGCACUAUGCCCAGCCGCCUUUGUUUUCCCGCUAGGCCACGCCGUCCCAUUCUGUUUUUACAUGCUUUUAUUUAACUUGCUUCUUCUGUCUGUCUGUCGCCCGGUCAUGGAUCAAAACUGCCAAGCGAAAAGUGAUCAAUUCUAACUGACCGAUUUGUUUCAAACUUGGC